UAUAUCUUCUUCCCUGGAAGCUAAGCUAGAAGUCAUAGCUUAGACUUUUCAAUCGCUAACCAAUCUGAUUAAUAAAAGAUAAUCAUCUAACUAAUUACGUACACCAGUCAAAAGAGAUUGGUCUCCCUGAAGUUGUAUAAAUGCCCCAUACAAACUCUUUCUUUUCCAGCAGCUCAACCCCUCUUCUGUUAUCACCAUUUCUCAUUCUACACUUACCAUCUUCAAGUCUUCCAAACAAAAUUUUCGAGAAACUCACGACAAAAUCAGUACGUUUGACGUUUUCGACGAUUGCAAGCAAGAGAUAUGCUCGUGGAAAUUAAUACAGGUACCGAGACAUUGGUGAAGAUAGGUAUGUUCCUGCUUGUUCAAGCUUUGGUGUACUUAAUCUUAUCAAAGUCCUCGAAUAUCUUCUCUAAAAACAUGAGAUCUCUCAGCAUCAAAACUGUUCGAUCAGCUAGUAUUCGGCGAAUUAUGGCUGCUCUUUCUGACCUACCUGCUGGUGACGAGCCUUCUCCUUCUUCAUCAGUUAAGGGUUUACAAUCACCCAAGGCACACAGUUUUACCAAGUCAGAUAAGAAUAACUGAAUUUGAACCAAGUGUGCUUAUUGUAAGUUUUCCAAUAGGCAAUAACAAUGAUUCAUUAAUCUAGAGAAGAUACGGCAUUUUGUCGUUUUCUGUAAAGGAAAAGUUACAGUAUGUAAUUUGAUGGCUCGUUAUUCUUUCUUUCUUUUUUUAAUAAAUAUUUGAUUUUUUUUGUCAAAGCAGUAAAUAUUUGAUUGUUAUUAUUUGAGUA